UGUCCUAAAUGCAAAACUUCCGCUUACAGGUGCCUCAUUUAUGCCGUUUUCACCUGGAAGGGAGCGCCUAGCUAGCAUGCAACGGGCUGUGAAUGGACAUCGGUGUGUUGCAGGCGGGUGACGAGAAACUGGAGAGGAAAACCGGUUCGUGAGCAAGUUCCCAACAAUAGCCCACCGACUGCUAACUGGUAGAGACCUCUGAGACACCAGUACUGAAGGAGCAAAAAAAAAUAUGAGUAAUUCUCCCGAGCCGAAGAUGCUUGGAAAACAAAGCCCGGCUAAUUUGCCGACGUGUCAAAUCGUCGAGCUAAACGUUGGCGGGCAGAUUUUCACCACCACAUUGAGCACCUUGAAGAAGUACCCAGGUUCCAAAUUGGCUGAGAUGUUUGGCCAGGCUAAACCCCGAACAGAUUCGGUGGGGCGAUUCUUCCUAGACCGGCCUGGGACUUAUUUUAAAUACAUCCUUGAGUACCUGCGUAGCGAUCAGGUCCCCUUGCAACACGUUGAGGAGGUCUACAAAGAAGCCACUUACUAUGACAUCAAGCCUCUCAUCAAGCAACUGGAAGAGUCUCCUCAGAUCUUUGGUGAGCUGGUGGCCAGGAAGCAAUUCCUAGCUCGGGUGCCCAACUAUUCCGAAAACAUCGAGUUGAUGAUCCGAAUCGCCCGGGCGGAAGCUGUGGCCUCCCGCCAAUCCGGCGUCAUGCUCUGCGUGAUGAAGACUUUGGAAGAUGUGGCAAAGUGCAGCGAUGCUCUCAGUACCUUAGAUACCUCCAAGAAAUCCGUGGUCCAGUUUGGCCCGUGGAAAGCUGCCCCAAACAUUGAGGAUCUCCUGGACUGCAUCAAGAUGGAUGUGGAAGCCAAAGGUUACAAGACUUCCUUCCAGAGCUACGUUCCGGAAAAAGGCUUUCGAUUCAAAGCCAAUGACUUCUUCUACAAUUUUAUGUUCCAUUGGUGGUAGCUCAAAACUCAUAAACUCACAAGAUCUAGAACAGGGGUAGUCAACCUUUUCAUACCUACCGCCCACUUUUGUAUCUCUGUUAGUAGUAAAAUUUUCUAACCGCCCACCGGUUCCACAGUAAUGCGCUGUGUAUCAUCGUCUGCGCAUGCCUCUCACGCAUCGUGGAUUGGGGUUGGGGGGGGCGCCGGCUACCAGCUCUGCUUGUCUGUUACAGCUGGGUGGUGUGGGGGGAGAUGUGUGAGCUAUUCUGGGAUGAGGCUCUUUUGUUUGCGGUCGCACUAUAGCGCCAUUUAGUUUCACUUACAUAACGCGAACUAAACUUAUGCGCGGGCGAUACAAAUAGUAUAUUUUCAGAAAUUUAAAUUGUCAAGGGGAUUUUUAUGAAAACCUAAUGAAAAUGUUUUUAAAUAAUGCUAUAAAUUUUUUUUAAAUUAAAAAGUAAUUAAAUUAAAAAAAGGAAAGUGCUUCAGUAUUGGACAAAACCCCUACCUCCCACCAUGAAAGCUGGAACGCCCACUAGUAGGCGGUAGGGACCAGGUUGACUACCACUGAUCUAGAAGAUCUCUCGGGUAGCUUUCCCAGCACUGGACUACGUAAGAUCACUCCAGAUGUCUGGCAGAAGAUCACUCCAGAUGUCUGGUGAAUUUGAGCAGUCUAGGAUCUCUUAGCCUUUGCUCCUUGUCUGGAGUUUGAGAUCUUUUGGGAACUUUUUGGAUCUUGGUGGGCAUUCUCACAAAACAGAAAAGAGGCCAACAGGAAGAUGAGGGUUUAUCAGUGUAAAUCUCUGUGGAGGUUCUCAGUCCUCCAGGUCAUGGUUGUCUCAAAGGUGCUUUUUCAAGAAAGAGCCAAUUGGACUUUCUGGUUUUUCUUUGAAGACGUUUCGCUUCUCAUUUUGGACAGAGAAGACCGCUGGCUUGAAAGAGGGGUCCAGGAGGCCAUCUAUGUCAAAAUUGAACUGCCCUCUCUCAAAAGGGAUAUGACAUCAUCUCUCUACAGUCUACAAAGCAGUCCUUUCAGCAGCUCCAAGAAGGCUCCACUCCAGGGGUGAAAUCUACUUACCUUCCCUACCGGUUCGGAAGUACGUGCUCCAUAUGCGUUUGGACCCUCUGCGCAUGCGCGGAAGGUCAAAAAACAGGUUACUUCCUGGUUCAAACCAGGAACUAAUGACGUCUGGGCAGGUGAGCGGACUCUCGCGCUGCCUUUGCUACUGGUUCCCCGAACCACGCGCCGCCAUUGCUACCAGUUCGGCCGAACCGGUCUGAACCGGUAGCAUUUCACCCCUGUUCCACACCCAUUUGCAUCACUCAGGUGACCUUGAGAGGACACAGAUAAAUAUCCAGGUGACCUUAACGACUCGCUAAAAGGAUGCAAAUGACCAGCGGCUUGCCAGGAGUAUAAAUCCUUCCGUUCCCCACCAUCUAGUCAGAGCUGAAGAAGCUUCUUGGAUGAGAAGCGAAAUGCCUUCAAAGAAAAACCAGAAAGUCCAGUUGCCUCUUGAAAAAGCACCUUUGAGUUUACCUGUGUAAUGACAGAUGUAUAGGUUGAUAUAUAGAUAGCCAGUUGCCAAUCAUCUUGUUUUCAGAUGCCAGGAGGUCAGGUUUCUGCAUUAACCUGUUCUAACAGGUGUCAGCUCUUCAAGGUACUCCAGGUUAUCCAACACAUGUCACGGGGAUGUCAAAGGUAAAGCAAGUCCUUGACUUACAAACAUUCAUUUAGUGGCCAUUUGAAGUUACAACGGGACUGAAAAAGCGACUUAUGAUCGUUUUUCACUCUUCAUAUCGUUGCAAAAGUCACACGGUCAAAAUUCAGACACUUGGCAACUGAUUCCUAUUUAUGACGGUUGUAGUGUCCCGGUGUUAUGUGAUCACCUUCUGACAAGCAACGUCAAUGGGGGAAGCCCGAUUCACUUAACAACCGUGUUACUGACUUAACCACCGCAUGUUGUGUCUGCGGGCUCCGAGCCGGGCUUCCUGGCAGAGAGUGACUCAGAGAGUGAGGGGGAAGAGCUGACAGGGCUUCCCUCUGCAGAACCUUCCUCUCUGGCUCCGCUCCAGAUUCCAGAGGCAGGCCAGGUGGUGGAGCUGACAUGGCCUCUUUCCCCCGACCCCUCCUUCUCCCUGGCAACGCCCCAAGAGCCAGCUGAGGAGGAUCAAUCGUGGCUAGAUGCAAGGCAGCGAUGCCGAGUGAAGCGUGCACAGCAAAAGAAAGGAAGGGGCUGGCCCAGGGAGUGCUGAGUCACGGAGCCACACCCCACAGGGUAUAAAAGUGGGUGGAGCUGCCUUUGGGCUCCGUGACGGACAAAAACUGACUUUUGGAAACUUCGGCUGCUUUAUUGCAAGACUCGGGAAUUGGCCUUUCGGACUUCUGUUUACUUCUGAACUCUGGGUUGCUUCAGCAACAGACCGCAGUAGCAUUGAAGAGAUAAGGAGGACUUGGCAGGCAAUUCGUUGCCAGAGCUGAUAUCUGUAGCAAGAAUAAAUUGCUGACAAAUACAGUCAGCUCGCAGUGGUUCACUUAACAACUGGGGCAAGAAAAAUGGGGCAAAGUUCACUCAGCAACUGUCUUGCUUAGCAACAGAUACGUUGGGCUCAAUUGUGGUCAUAAGUCGAGGACUUUCUGUACAACUUUAGGAUACAGUAACAGAACCCCGAAAACCUGCAUAAAUUUAUCUCGAUCCGUCUUAUAGUAAGCAAAGUCAAGGUGAGGUUAUUUUGAGUUUUCUGUCUUCAAGAUUACGAAAUCUUUUUCAUAACUUGUGGAAUCAAACGCAAACCAAUAAUUAAGGCUCACUGCAAUAAUUAAUUAUUCAGGGAGCAGUGGAGGAAUUCCCUACAGAAUAACUACUGGACUGUGCUCACUUCAUCCACACAACAAAGUUGACGUUGAAAGAGGGUUUAUCUUUUAACCAGCUUGUGGCAGGGACACUGAUCAGGGCUGAGAAACAGUUCAGUCAUUCAAGAUCACCCCUUUGGUUUCCAUGUCAAAGGAAGGACUAACUAACCUUAACCCAGUUUGAUCUAGUGGUUACUAGUCUAGAAAGUGGGAGAUGGUGAGUUCUAGUCCCGCCUUAGGCAUGAAAGCCAACUAGGUGACUUUGGGCCAAUCACCAGGAAAUGGUGAGUUCUAGUCCCGCCUUCAGCAUGAAAGCCAGCUGGGUAACUUUGGGCCAAUUACCAGGAGACGGUGAGUUCUAGUCCCGCCUUCAGCAUGAAAGCCAGCUGGGUAACUUUGGGCCAACCACCAGGAGACGGUGAGUUCUAGUCCUGCCUUCAGCAUGAAAGCCAGCUGGGUAACUUUGGGCCAAUCACCAGGAGAUGGUGAAUUCUAGUCCCGCCUUAGGCAUGUCAGCCAGCUAGGUGACUCUGGACCAAUCACCAGGAGAUGGUGAGUUCUAGUCCUGCCUUAGGCAUGAAAGCCAGCUAGGGGACUUUGGGCCAAUCACCAGGAAAUGGUGAGUUCUAGUCCUGCCUUCAGCAUGAAAGCCAGCUGGGUAACUUUGGGCCAAUCACCAGGAGAUGGUGAGUUCUAGUCCCGCCUUAGGCAUGACAGCCAGCUGGGUAACUUUAGGCCAAUCACCAGGAGAUGGUGAGUUCUAGUCCUGCCUUAGGCAUGACAGCCAGCUAGGUGACUUUGGGCCAAUCACCAGGAGACGGUGAGUUCUAGUCCCACCUUUGGCAUGCAAAUCAGCUGGAUGACUUUCGGCCAAUCAUUCUCUCUCUCAGCCGAACUACCUCACCAGGUGGCUGAUGUGGGGUAAAUAGGAGGGAACAAAUUGUGUUGGGUAUUUUUAUCACCUGGACUUCUUUGUAAAAAAUAAUAA